CCUGCACCGCCCAACGUCCAGUCCACGACUUCCACGAAGAAGACCCAAACAGAGCAAUCCGCUCACCACCCAAUCAUGUCCUUCUCCACCCCAAGCCACCUCGUCCUCCACGCCGCCGUCUCCGUCGCCGCCGCUCUCCUCACCGCCCUCCUCCACCUCCCUUCCCUCUUCCUCCACGGCCUCCACACCUACAUCCAACCCGACUCCGUCGCCCGCGGCGACGGCCUCCGCGCCACCAUCCGCCGCCCCGGCGACGCCCCCUCCUCCCCUGGCGACCUCCGCCGCCGCAACCGCUCCAAGGACCACCGACCCGAAUUCGACGAGUCAGGCGCCCAGCUCUUCCGCCUCCGCCUCGCCGACGCCCCCCUCCGCACCCGCCUCUACUUCCCGGAGUACCAUACCUCCUUCCUCUCCGCCGCCGUCGCCCUCUCCAACAUCGCCCUCCGCCGCCUCCUCCCCCCGGAUCCCGCUACCCCAGCUACGAUCCCCGCCCUUGCCGCAAUCGUCGCUGCCGCCCACCUCCUCCUCGCCCUUGCCAAGCUCUCCCUCGAGCGAUCCGCUUCUCGCCGCUCGGAGAAGGAGCUCAGCCUCCUUUCCGGCUUCCUCGGCUGCCUCGCCGCUUUUCUCAUCGUCUUCCACCUGUCGCCCUCCGUCUUCGACUUCGAUCUCGGCGGAUCCGAUGCCGCCUUCUCAAAGGCCGUGGCUGCCAUCCUUGCCGGGUGCCUCACCGGGAUCCUCUUUAUCCCGGCGGCGAGGGCGGCGCGGGCCUUCUGGCUCGGGACCGACCAGCUCCGGUGGAACCUCUCCGUGGUCUCCUGUAGCGCUCCGGUUCAAAUCCUCCUCUAUGCUGCCGUCCUCUCCGGCGCCGCCGCCCCGCUUCUCUGGGUCAAUCCGGUGGUGGUGGUGCCAUCCGGCGAGGUCCAGUCGCCGGAAUUCAAGGAGUACCGAAUUUGGGCUCUCGUGGCUUCUGCUUUCUCCCAGCUUUUGGUGCUCCGCGCUAACCUCCAGAUGUAUCUGAACGAGGCCGUGCUAUGCUGGUAUCAGCGGCUGCACGCCAGCCGGGCGCCGGACAUGGAUUACGGGCGGGCGAAGGUGUUCCUCCACAACCACUACCUCUGCUUGGUGGCGCUGCAGUUCUUCGCGCCGCCGGUGCUGGUGCUGGUUUUUCUUGGGUUGUCUCAGCUGAGAGGUAACUUGUUUGGUGGUGUACUGUUUUUAGGUAGCCUUGUGGAUUGCUCUGAUCUUGUAAAGGAGAUAGCUUUGUUUAUUUCUUGGUGGAUUGCAUUCAUUUGGGCCAUUUUGACCAUGUCGAACCUCGCUCUUUACCGUUGCGGCUUUUUGAUUGUUUCGUGAUUAUGCUAUAUUUAGCAUGGUUUGCUUUGGCCAUUGAGUUGAAUGUUCUUUGAUUGAUCAAUGGUGUUCUUCAUGAGCGGCAUAUGUACUUUGAUUGAAGAGCAAAACAAAUCUCUGGUCGGAGUGAAAAAUUUUCUUUGUUCUAUUGUA